UUUAACGUAAUGCUUCUUUCAUUGAAUAAACUAGAUCUAUUGGAGCGUUUAUUGUUACCAGCACGUAAAAGGGUUCUGUGUUGUUGAUAGACUUAGCAAGGGAUUUCGAUAUUGACUCUAUUGCUUUAUUCAUUGAGUAUCAUUUUGUAUGCUUAGGGAUUAAAGGGAUUAGCAAGCGAUAGACAGAUAGCUUGACGUUAAGUGUCUAUCACUUGCGAAGUUUACUAUUAACGCAAGUUUUGAGCGCGCUGGCAUAGCAGAGAAUAUUGAAGGUCUGUAAUAAUCUUGUAUUGAAUAUAUAUAUAGUUUCUGACCAGUGUGAUACUUGCAAUAAACCAUGGAGGUACGGACGGGUUGCAAAUUAUUAAUUUGGCAGUUUUCAACAUAUUGGAUUUAUGUGAUAUGUGACUCUACCGCGAGGUCUGGUUUAAUAGAAAAUGCACCAAAAUAUGGAACAUAUCCGCACAAAACAUCAAACGACAUAUACAUGGAUCCAUGCAAAGCAUACGGAUUCAUAGGCGAUAUAGCGCUCUCCGAGGAGGAGUAUAAGGAGUUUAAGCCCCACGGCUACCUUGAGGAAAAGAUGGGAACCUCCAUAUACGAGCUACAGAUCGAGGACCCCUCCACCAUGCACGGGCCAUCGCAGAAAGGGCCUUUCACGAAGUAUGAUGACCUCGUCGACAAAGAAACAAGUGUUAAAGACAAUACGGAUAAAAAAUUGCAAAAAAAUCUCAAUAAGGAUAAUAAAAAAUCAAGACAAAACUGUGAGAAAGGUGACCACACGUGUCGAGAACUACGUAAGAAAGAAAAGGCUAAACGUAACUUAGAACGCGAACAAAUACGUCAACGUAAGGAAGAAGAAAGACGCCUCAAAAGGGAAAAGAAACAAAAGAUGAAACAACUUAAACGGGAAAUGGCACGUAAAGAAAAACGAGAAAAACGGAAAGAGCAUAAGAAGGGGCAUUUGCUAAAGGGAAUUGAUGCGCGAGACAAAAUGGUGGCAAGAAACAAACGGGCAGCAACCGCGCGCCCGGAGAGAAUCUGGGACUACGGAGUUAUACCGUACGAAAUAGAGGCUAAUUUUAGUGGUGCGCACAAGGCGCUUUUCAAGCUGGCGAUGCGUCACUGGGAGAACUACACGUGCGUCACAUUUGUCGAGCGCACCGUGGAACAUCAGAACUACAUCGUGUUUACGGAGCGACCUUGUGGUUGCUGUUCGUUCGUUGGUAAGCGGGGCAACGGUAACCAAGCGAUCAGUAUCGGCAAGAACUGCGACAAGUUCGGCAUCGUCGUGCACGAGCUUGGUCACGUGAUAGGCUUCUGGCACGAGCACACGCGGCCUGACAGGGACGACCACGUGAAAAUCAUUUACAAAAAUAUCAUGCCAGGACAACAGUACAACUUCAAUAAACUGACUUCCAAUGAAGUGUUCUCACUCGGAGAGGAAUACGAUUACGGCAGCAUCAUGCACUAUGCACGAAACACGUUCGCACGUGCCACGUACGUGGACACUAUUCUUCCUCGGAAGAAACCGGAAAUGGAUGUCAGACCGGAAAUUGGCCAGCGCGUGAGACUUAGUCCCGGCGACAUCGCACAAGCGAACAAGUUAUACAAUUGUCCAUCGUGCGGCCGGACCCUACAGGAGUUCCUCGGCCACUUUUACCACUCUCCGACCCCCGGGAAGGAGGAGCUCUGCCGCUGGCGGAUCAGCGCCACGCACGGGGAGAAGAUCGUGCUCAACAUCACCGCCUUAGACAUCCCUGUCACUGGACAUCCGGGCGGCCCUGAGCCAUGCGACACGGACUACCUGGAGAUUCGCGACGGCCACUAUGUCCUCUCCAAACUUAUAGGCAAGGAUUUUGUGCGUAACAUUCAAGCCCAGGUAUCAGACACUUAA